UUUUCUCUUACUUUGUUCUCUCUCUCUCUCCCUCUCUCAAGAAAAUCGGUGGGAAAGUGCGAGAAAGCGCGAGAAAAUCUUCUCAGUUUAUGAACUCUCCAUUCGGCGGACUCGGAUCACCGGCCUCGAAUGCUAUUGAAGUUAACAAGGAUCGCAAAAUGCAAUCUGCCGAACAGUUGGUGCUCGAUCUCAGCAACCCUGAUCUCCGUGAAAACGCCCUUCUCGAGCUCUCCAAGAAGAGAGAAUUAUUUCAAGAUUUGGCUCCACUGUUGUGGAACUCUUUUGGUACUAUUGCUGCACUCUUGCAGGAGAUAGUUUCCAUAUACCCCGUCUUAUCACCACCAAACCUUACCCCAGCACAAUCGAACCGUGUCUGCAAUGCACUUGCCCUCCUUCAGUGUGUGGCCUCUCACCCAGACACAAGAAUGUUGUUCCUCAAUGCCCACAUUCCCUUAUAUCUGUACCCUUUUCUUAAUACAACAAGCAAAUCAAGGCCAUUUGAAUACUUAAGGCUUACUUCCUUGGGCGUCAUUGGUGCUUUGGUGAAGGUUGAUGAUACAGAGGUUAUCAGCUUCCUUCUCUCAACAGAAAUAAUUCCGCUGUGCCUAAGGACAAUGGAGAUGGGCAGUGAACUAUCAAAAACAGUUGCAACAUUCAUUGUUCAAAAAAUUUUGUUGGAUGAUGUGGGCUUGGAUUAUAUAUGUACCACAGCAGAGCGGUUUUUUGCUGUAGGUCGAGUUUUGGGGAAUAUGGUGGCAGCACUUGCUGAACAACCCUCAUCACGGCUGCUAAAACAUAUUAUUCGUUGUUAUCUUCGACUAUCUGAUAACCCAAGGGCUUGCGAUGCAUUACGAAGUUGUCUGCCAGACAUGCUUAGGGAUGCCACCUUUAGUACAUGCCUUCGUGAAGAUCCGACAACGAGAAGGUGGCUACAGCAAUUGCUUUACAAUGUCCAGGGACCUCGGGUCGGGUUACAGGCUGGAGGAGGAUUCGAACAUAUGCUGGUGAACUAAACCGACUGACAUCUGGUGCUUUUGGAUUUUUGCCUUCUGUUGUUACUUCUACAAGCAAGAGUACUGUGUAUGUGAAUGUGAAUUUUCAGUUAUCUUUAUCUCUACCCUACCUUUUUAUCACAAAUUCUGUAGUAAUUACAUGUAUGAAGGAAUAGACUUGGGACUAACAGAACAAACCCAUGUCUUGCCCUUUGUCUGGUUUAUUUAUACCAAAACCCAACUGUUGCUUUUA